AUGUGGCCUGAAGUUGAACAAGCAUUAUUAAAUCAUCGUUAUGAAUUAAUAUUAUCAGGUGAUAAAAUAAAUAAACGUUUAGAAGAAGAAAAUGAAUUAGAUCGAUCAAUAUGGACAUUAGAACGAAUUAAUUUUCUUGAAAUAAGUCAAUGUCCAUUAUUAUAUGAUUUACCAGAAGAUAUUGGAAAAUUAAAGAAUUUAUCAACAUUAACAUUAACAUCAAAUAAACUUAAGAAAUUACCAGAUCAGAUUAAAUAUCUUGAAAAUCUUCGUCAUUUAAAUUUAUCAAAUAAUCAAUUAACCAAAUUAGAUGAUCAAUUUUUUUUUAAAUUAAAUCAUUUAGAAACAAUUAAUUUAACUAAUAAUUUAUUAGAAGAAUUUCCAUCAUUAUCAUAUGAAAAUAAUAAAAAAUUAGCUAUUAUUUAUUUAUCUCAUAAUAAACUUGAAAAACUUCCAGAUUUUCCUCAACAAUUAGAAAAUCUUUCAUAUAUGGAUUUAUCAUCAAAUCAAUUUAAACAUUUUCCAAAUACUAUUUUACAAUUAAAUUCAUUAAAAACUCUUUUUAUUGAUUCAAAUCAAUUGACAGAUAUUCCACCACAAUUAAGUCAAUUACAUAAAUUAAAAGAAAUUCGAUUUAAAUCAAAUCCAUUAAAAGAUAAUCGUUUAAAAAAAUUAAUGGAACAAGAUAAAAUAAAAGCUGUUUUAGAAUAUUUAUCUAAACAAUGGCAGGAUCAACAAAAAUUAAUAUCUUCAACAACAACUAAAACUAAAACUCAUAUUAUUAAACAACAACAAGAACAACAAGGAGAAAUAAAAUCAAAUGAAAAUAUUCAAGAUAAAAUUGAAAUUUUACAUUUUGAUCAACCAGGCGAUUUAAAAGGAAAACAAAUAACUAUAUUACCUCGAGUUGUCAAUGUUCGACCUUAUAUAUUAUGUUGUAUUGUUAGAAAUAUUGAUUUAGCAACACCAGGAAAUUUAAAAAAAUUUUUAAAUAUUCAAAAUGAACUUCAUGAUGAUAUAUGUCAAAAACGAACGUUAGCAACAAUAGCUACACAUGAUUUAUCAUUAAUAUCAGGAAAUUUAACUUAUGAUGCUCGUGAUCCAAAUGAUAUAGGUAUUGUACCACUUGGAAAAGGUCAUAAAUUAAUAUCAGCAAGAGAUUUUUAUGAUCAAUUAUGUCGAGAUGCUGAACAUGAAAGAAAAUUAAAAAAACGAAAUCAACUUUCAGGUCUUCAUAAAUAUUUAACAUUAUUACAAGAUCAAGAUUAUUUUCCUUGUUUAUCUGAUCAAGAUCGUUAUGUUAUUUCACUUCCACCAUUAACAAAUGCUGAAAGAACCAAAUUAAGUCCAUCAAGUGAAUCAAUAUUAAUUGAAAUAACAUCAAGUAAUUCAAUGGAUAUAUGUCGUCGUGUAAUGGAUUGUCUUAUACGUCAAAUUCUUGAUAUUGAAUUAGGAAAUAAAUCUAAUCAAGAUAAUAUUAGACAAGUUUUAACAUUACAACAAACAAGAGUUGUUGAUGAUAAAGGACAAUUAAAAACAACAUAUCCAUCACGUACUGAUCUUCAAUGGGAACAUUAUACAUCAAAAUAUCCAAUUAUUAUUCAAAGAUUAUCUAUUGAUAAAUAA